GGCCUUCAGCAGUUCAUGAACCGCAGCUACACGCGGACGCACGCGACGAUGGUGCUCAGCGUCAGAAGAGAGAGUUCAAUAGAAACCGCGUCUACCAGGAACUUCUGAAUCAACGGAGAACUGAAUGUGACUGAUACGUGAACACAGCGAGGAUUUGAAACAUUGUUGUUACGUUGUUUUAACAUUGUAGUAGCAUUGCAAUAUCUUCAGACGUCAACUAGCACCGUGGAUCUGCUGUUAUUACCCUAACAACCCCCUUCAGCUGAGUCCGGGGGUAAUGUUGUCCGUUCUCUCGUACGGUAGACUGGUGGCCCGAGCGGUCAUCGGCGGACUCUCUCAAACCGACAGCCGCGAUUACAGCCUCGUGUCCGCCAGCUGCGGCUUCGGGAAGGAUUUUCGUAGGGGUAUCUUAAAGAAAGGGAUGUGUUAUGGAGACGAUGCCUGCUUUAUAGCCCGACACAGGUCUGCUGAUGUGUUAGGUGUGGCUGAUGGAGUGGGUGGUUGGCGUGACUAUGGAGUCGACCCGUCUCAGUUCUCUGGAACCCUCAUGAGGACGUGUGAACGACUGGUCAAAGAUGGACGAUUUGUUCCAAGCCACCCUGUGGGAAUCCUCACCACCAGCUACUAUGAGCUACUUCAGAACAAAGUACCACUGUUAGGAAGCAGCACAGCGUGUAUUGUGGUACUAGACCGGCAGAGUCAUCAGCUACACACAGCAAACCUGGGAGACUCUGGCUUUCUGGUAGUUAGAAGAGGAGAGGUUGUUCACAGGUCUGACGAACAACAGCACUACUUCAACACCCCUUUCCAGCUCUCAAUCGCCCCUCCAGAAGCAGAGGGCUCUGUUCUCAGUGACAGCCCUGAAGCUGCCGAUAGUUCGUCCUUCGAUGUCCAGUUGGGUGACAUCAUACUCACGGCUACAGAUGGUCUCUUUGACAACAUGCCAGAUUAUAUGAUCUUACAAGAACUUAAAAAGCUCAAGAAUGCCAACUAUGAAAGCAUCCAACAAACGGCCAAGAGUAUUGCCGAACAGGCCCACGUCCUAGCAUACGACCCCAAUUAUAUGUCCCCUUUUGCACAGUUCGCCUGCGAUAAUGGCUUGAAUGUCCGAGGAGGAAAGCCAGAUGACAUCACCGUUCUGCUGUCAAUUGUAGCAGAGUACACAGACUAAUGCUUACAAGGGCUGCAAAAUGCAUCUCUUGUCUCAGUCACUGGACUGGCGGCUGUUUCCUGCUGGCAGGAUUGAAGUCUGCGUGAGUUUUUUGUCUCUGGUAGAGACUUGGACCCCCACAUCUAACCCUUGUGCUCUUUGGUCUUACCGUACUAGACCGCACAAAUGACCUUGUCUCCUCUUGUGAAUGGACUAAGUAAAAGUCCACCUUAAACAUCUUGAUAUGGACUGCUACUUUUUCAUUUCUUGUUGGCUAACGUUUAAUGGCACAACUUUUAGUGUGCUUCACAAGGGCUUUGUUUGAACGCUGCUCCAGUAUGUCUGUAAGAAUUGAACAUCCUCCUGUCGUCCAGAAAUAAUUGAGGUGGUGCUAUGUAUGUGGUUGAGAAAAACUGACACGUAGCCAAAAAAUGAUCCAGAAAUCAGGGGAAAGUGAACCAGAAUGGAAUAAAAAUCUGAUUAUGGAUAAGCGUCCCAAAAAAGGACGUUUCCGCAUCAGGAAGCGUCAUUAAGAUGGCAGCGUCAUGCCAAUUUUAGAACGCUUUGCUCUGGGGAGUCUUGGGUGUAUAACUUUACAGAAGGCCAAGGGAGAUGCCCUCAAGUUACAUUUCUCUUGCGAUGGCACAUUUUGCCGGUUUACUUUCCAUUUAUUAUCCAUAUUAUCAAAGUUAAUGAUAAACCAUAGAGAUGCCUUCCUGUAAGAUAUUGAUGAACUGAUGAAAGAAGCUUUUGGAGCUUGAGGAGAACAAUUAUUCAUUACCGAAUAAAGGGUCGAUGGCAUAUAAAUAGAUUUUGAGGUCCAGGGCACAUUAUCUUUGCUUGGGGAGACAUUUCAAAAAGAAAAUCCCUUCUUAUUUAUUAAAAAAACUCCCCAUUUGAGUUUAAUGUAAUUACAAGCAAUGCAAGUGAUUGUGAGAUGUGUUGAGAUCCUUGCGUAAAACCACUUUUAAAAGUUUCACAUGAUUGUGUGUGUAUGAGUGUGUGUGUGUGUGUGUGUGUAUGAGUGUGUGUGUAUGAGUGUGUGUGUGUGUGUAUGAGUGUGUGUGUGGGUGGGUUUGGGUGGUUUACAAAGACAUUUUCUAAGAUUAGAAACUGGUAAUUAUGAGGGUAUUAUGCUGUAAAUUUGGUUUAUGAGGACAUUUCUAGUGUCCCCUUAAUUCAAAUCACUUAAAAACAUAUUAAAUGAUGUUUAAUUGAAAAUGUAAAAAUGCAUAAAGUUUUUGUGAGGGUUAGAGGACAGAAUCUAUAGUUCGUACGGUAUAAAAAUCAUUAUGUCUAUGGAGGAUAAUGAUAGCUGCACCAACAUUGUGUGUGUGUGUGUGUGUGUGUGUGUGUGUGUGUGUGUGUGUGUGUGUGUGUGUGUGUGUGUGUGUGUGUGAGAGAGAGAGAGAGGUAUAUCAAUGAGUUGUAGAUAUUUAGAAAACUGGCUGUAUAUUUAUGUAUGACAUUAUGCAUUUGAAAAGGUGUAUGCUGUUACACAUCAGAUGUAUAUGAGAGCAUAUUUAAAGAUUGUGUGAAUUCUGUUAAAAACACGUUUUUUUUUUGUAAACUUUCAUUUUAAAUAUCCCUCAAGGUGUUUACACGCAAGGCUAAUAUAAUGCUAGCAUCUGUGAAUGCAUUCAGUUGGUAUAUGAUGAUCACCUGAUCUAAUAAAGUUAUAUUUUUAUAACUUCUGUAUGUAGCUUUUUUACUAAUUUAGUCAAAUUAAUGUUCCUCGGAUGAAACACUGAGUGUCUAUGUUUUUGAGUUAAUAUUAAAGGAAUAGUUAUCAGUUAAAAUGUUUUGGUAAUUACAAUG